AGGACGUGGAGUCCGCGCGGUUCCGCAAAGGCCUGUGGGAGCGACCCGGGAGAAGGAGGGCCAAGAUGGCGGAAGCGGAGGAGCCUGCAGGAGACCCGGCGACAGCAUCGCCCAGGCCCCUGUUUGCAGGUCUUUCAGAUAUAUCCAUAUCUCAGGAUAUCCCAAUAGAAGGAGAGAUCACUAUUCCUGUGAGGUCUCGUACCCGAGAAUUUGACAGCUCUACAUUAAAUGAAUCUGUUCGGAAUACAAUUAUGCGUGAUCUAAAGGCUGUUGGGAAAAAAUUCAUGCAUGUUCUAUAUCCAAGGAAAAGUAAUACUCUUUUGAGAGAUUGGGAUUUGUGGGGUCCUUUGAUCCUUUGUGUGACACUGGCACUAAUGCUGCAAAGGGGCACUGUGGAUGGAGAAAAAGAUGGAGGUCCCCAGUUUGCUGAAGUAUUUGUGAUUGUCUGGUUUGGUGCAGUUACUAUCACCCUCAAUUCAAAACUUCUUGGAGGUAACAUUUCUUUCUUUCAGAGCCUCUGCGUGCUGGGUUACUGCAUACUUCCUUUAACAGUCGCUAUGAUGAUUUGCCGCCUGGUACUUUUGGCAGGCCCAGGACCUGUGAACUUCAUGAUUCGGCUUUUUGUAGUGGCUGUGAUGUUUGCCUGGUCUGUAAUUGCUUCUACAGCUUUUCUGGCUGAUAGCCAGCCUCCAAACCGCAAAAUUCUUGCCGUGUAUCCUGUUUUCCUGUUUUACUUCGUCAUCAGUUGGAUGAUUCUCACCUUUACUCCUCAGUAAAUCAGGAGACAGGCAUUUAAUGCCAGUGAACUGAAGGCUCAUGUAAAAGAUACAUACAGUUCACCAAGGAAUUUUGACACUAGCCCUCUGUUGACUAAUUUUGGAGGUGAUUAAAAAGGAGCCAUACAGCACUGUUGUCACUUAUAUGAGGAAUUUAUGUUUGUAAGGCUGUUUUAUUAAUGUUAUUUCUUUCAAAUACAUGUGCAUACUACACCUAGUAAUUUGCCUACUUAAGGCAUGAUGAAGUAUGUCAUUGUGGUCCAUUUGAGUGGCAACCAGUGACUUGAGCACAUGGAUACAUCUUACAAGUUGACUAGAGUUUAACUCUUUUCAGCUUUGGGAAUAUCUGUUCAGGUGCAGCUCUUAAACACAUUGCCUUAUGACUAUUAGAGUAUGCUCUUUUCAUAAUAAAUUGCCUUUAUCCAUUUUAUUUUUUCUGUCAAGUUUGAAAAGGCAGUGACCGAGUUUAGGAAGGGGCUUCAUAGAUGUGGGAGAAGAAAACACACAUUACCCAAUAUUCAGAUUUUGAUCAGAGGCAAUUCUAUACUUGUUGCAGUGAAAAAAACAACAAAAAAAGCAAAGGACAUCUAACAAAUCAGCCCUUUGGUCCCUUUAUGUCAUGCUUAACAGCACCUCAUUUGGCUCACUAGUUUUUUAAUCUUGUCCCCUCAUUCUGAAUAUGCAGUAUUAGCAACCAAUCAGCAUGCAAUACUCCUUUGGCUGAAAUUCUGAAUGGUCCGAUGCUGGAGCUUCUUUCAGUAGAAGACUCAGAAAUCUCAGUUCAUAGCUCUCUACUGCACACUAUCAUAUGGACACCUUCUCUUCAGGUGUAGUUUAGAUGCUGCAUAGCUAAAGGGAAUUCUUGAUUAUGUUGUGUAGUCUAGACUCUGAAUAGAAAGGAAAGCUGCAUCAGAAGUGUGUUUUAACAAUGUGGACACAGACUCUACUGUUCCAAUGGCUGGUUAACAGAAUAGAUGCUUAUAAUAUGAUGUCAGAGUUGAGUUUGCACCUAUUGCCUUUCCACAGUAAGCUCAGCUUUUUCAUUAGAUAUGUUUUAGGGUUGAGGAACAGUCAUUCAUUUUCUGAGUUUUAGACUUUAUUUCUAAAGUUAAUUAGAUCCCUUUUAGACACAUACAUUUUGCACAUGUGCACCUACAUGUACUUUCAGCUAUUUAUGCACAUAAGUGUGAAGGCUUUUCAGGGAGCAGAGCAUCUGGGACAGGCUGAUUCUCAGCUAAACAGGGCUCCUAUAAGGUAAUAUGAACUGUUGCUUUCUAUAAAUUGCACACUGAAUAACUCUAAUAGACAGAGAUUAGGAGUCAGACAGAGGACAUUCAUUGUAAAUAUACAAUUGCUUAUAAAGAUAGAAAUUUUUUAUUCCAUGCUUUUUCUUUAUCUUAGAAUUUAAAUAUUUAUUCAUUUUGUAUUUAAAGACUACCUAGACAUAGACAUAUAAUUCUAAAAGCAUAAUUUGUCCAUCCCCAGAUUAACCAAGUGAGCAACACUAGGCCAAAUGGGUUCAUGGUAUACUGAAUCACAAAGCAUUAUAAAGUUGAUCCCCUCUGACCCAACCUUGUCAAGAGUUUUUGGGUAUAUAUUUGUACUCAUUGCAGUUUAUCUUUUAAAUUGUGAAAUAAAUCCUUGUGAGGACAAA